AUGAGUGGCAAUCUCGCGACCUCGGGUGGCAUCUCGGAUCCUGCCCUCAUCCAACUCGUCAAUAAACUUCAGGAUGUCUUCGCCACUGUCGGCGUCAACAAUCCCAUCGAUUUGCCUCAGAUUGUCGUAGUGGGCAGCCAGUCUAGCGGCAAGAGUUCCGUGUUGGAGAACAUCGUGGGGAGAGAUUUCUUGCCUCGAGGUUCCGGCAUUGUUACGCGGCGUCCAUUAGUAUUGCAGCUCAUCAACCGCCCAGCCCAGACAAACGGUGUCAAGCCCGAGGAGAUUUCUACAGCUAACGACAAGGCUGCCAACGCCGACGAGUGGGGAGAGUUUUUGCACAUCCCUGGCCAGAAGUAUCACGACUUUGGCAAGAUCAGAGAGGAGAUUGCCCGUGAGACGGAGGCAAAGGUUGGCAAGAACGCUGGCAUCUCGGCUGCCCCCAUCAACUUGCGUAUUUACUCUCCCAAUGUUCUCACCCUAACACUGGUCGAUUUACCGGGUCUGACCAAGGUGCCCGUCGGAGACCAACCCCGCGAUAUCGAGCGACAGAUUCGAGAGAUGGUUUUGAAAUAUAUUGGAAAGUCGAAUGCCAUCAUUUUGGCUGUUACGGCAGCCAACAUUGACCUGGCUAAUUCAGACGGCCUCAAGCUCGCCCGUGAAGUUGAUCCCGAGGGUCAGCGUACCAUUGGCGUCUUGACAAAGGUCGAUUUGAUGGAUGACGGAACCGAUGUUAUCGAUAUUCUCUCGAAUCGCGUCAUCCCAUUGCGUCUGGGUUACGUCCCCGUGGUUAACCGAGGCCAACGAGACAUCGAUAAUAAGAAGGCCAUCAACGUUGCCCUUGACGCCGAAAAGGCAUUUUUCGACAACCACAAGGCUUACCGUAACAAGAGCUCGUACUGCGGAACUCCCUACCUGGCACGCAAGCUGAAUAUGAUUCUCAUGAUGCACAUCAAACAAACCCUGCCCGAUAUUAAAGCAAGAAUUUCUAGCUCUCUACAAAAGUACACCAACGAGCUGGAGAGUCUGGGGCCAUCUAUACUUGGAAAUAGUGCCAACGUUAUCCUGAACAUUAUUACCGAAUUUACAAACGAGUGGCGGACAGUUUUAGACGGCAAUAACACUGAGCUUUCCAGCACAGAGUUGUCGGGUGGUGCUCGUAUCAGUUUCGUCUUCCACGAGCUGUACGCGAACGGUGUCAAGGCCGUGGAUCCAUUCGACGUUGUCAAGGACGUUGAUAUCCGAACUAUUCUCUACAACUCUUCUGGUUCAUCUCCGGCCCUGUUUGUCGGUACCACCGCGUUUGAACUCAUUGUCAAGCAACAAAUCAAGCGCCUCGAGGAUCCUAGCUUAAAGUGUGUCUCCCUCGCCUAUGACGAACUGGUCCGAAUCUUGUCACAGCUUCUGGGCAAGCAGUUGUACCGGCGAUAUCCUCAGCUCAAGGAGAAGAUGCAUGGUGUUGUCAUCGCCUUUUUCAAGAAGGCUAUGGAGCCCACCAACAAGCUGGUGCGCGAUCUUGUCUCCAUGGAGUCGUGCUACAUCAAUACUGGUCACCCUGAUUUCUUGAACGGCCACCGCGCCAUGGCGAUUGUCAACGAACGAUACAACCCCGCUAAGCCUGUCCAGAUUGACCCCAGGAGUGGCAAGCCUCUUCCACAGGCUAGCACACCUGCUCGGGCCAGUAGUCCCCCAGUCCCUGAGGUGGAUGGCACUGGCAAUGCCGGUUUCUUUGGAAGUUUUUUUGCUGCCAAAAACAAGAAGAAGGCGGCAGCUAUGGAAGCCCCUCCACCCACAUUGAAAGCCUCUGGCAACCUUUCUGAACGAGAGAAUAUUGAAGUGGAAGUCAUCAAGCUGCUCAUUUCCUCCUAUUAUAACAUUGUCAAGCGCACCAUGAUUGACAUGGUCCCCAAGGCUAUUAUGCUUAAUCUCGUGCAGUUUACCAAGGAUGAAAUGCAGCGCGAACUGCUCGAGAACAUGUACCGAACCGAUACGCUCGAUGACUUGCUCAAGGAAAGCGACUUCACAGUCCGCAGACGGAAGGAAUGCCAGCAGAUGGUUGAAUCUCUGGGCAAGGCUAGCGAAAUUGUCAGUCAGGUCCAAUAA